AUGACAAUCAUUGACCAGAAACCUAGGAUUGAGUUCGUUGAGGAUGUUGAGCCUCCAGAGCUCGGUAAGGAUCAGGUGUUGGUAGAUGCUGCUGGGGAAAUUCAGUGGCUACCCGUACCCAGCGAUGAUCCUAAUGACCCUCUCAAUUUCACGGUUUGGGAGAAGACGGGUGUGAUUGUCAGCUGUUGCUGGUUCUCAAUCAUGUCUUUGUCAGUGGUCGGCGGCUUAGGUGCCAUUCUCAGUGUGUUCUUCGAGCUAUAUGGCGAAGAGGGAGUCAGUUCGACGAAAGUCGUAUGGCUGAGCACAUUUCCUUCCUUAUUUGUUGGGAUCGGAAACUACCUGAUCCUCCCGCUGGGUCUUGUAUUCGGUCGUAGAUCCGCAGCGAUCAUAUCGAUUAUCGCGAAUUUCGCCGCGACUAUUGGAUGUGCCGUCUCCCAGAACUUCAAUCAGCAUUUGGGUCUUCGCAUCUUUCAAGGAUUGGCAACGGGUGCCACAGAAUCGCUUCUCCCAUUGAUGCUUUCAGAGGUUACAUUUAUCCACCAGCGCGGCCUUAUCUUCGGCAUUUACUGGACAACCCAAAAUGUAGUCACGAGCUGUCUGAACAUGGCCAGCUCUUAUGAAGCUGCUGCUCUGGGCUGGCGCUGGUUUUACUGGGUUUAUGUCAUUGCAAUUGGUGUCGGUCUGAUUCUGGUUCUCUUUGGCUGUUUCGAGACAAGAUACCAGCGGCGCUCACAGAUGCGGAACGGUCAACUUGUUGUCACGGAUCAAUUUGGCGUCACUCGGGUUCUUUCUGGAAUUCGGGCGCAAGAUUAUCUGGAAAUGAUGAGGACAGAAGACGAGCUGGAAAAUCCAAAUGAUGGACAGCCUCCGCGGAAGCUCUCUUAUCUCCAAAUGCUGAAACCAUGGCAGAAGCCGGUCAAGAACCCUGUUGGGAUGGUGCUGACAACUUGGUUUCAAAUGUUUGAGGCUUUCUCUUCUCCGGGUAUUCUAUAUGCUACAUUGCUUGCAUCUGUUGUUCUAGGGUCCUCGGUCGGUGUGUCUCUGACUUAUGACACUGUGCUCCAAGACUACGGUUGGCCUGCUAAGAAUGUUGGCUUGAUCAAUCUUGGUGGUGUGUUUGGUGGGUUUGGAGGCAUGUUGUACGCUGGUGUGUUUGGCGAUUGGUUCAUUCUUUACAUGGCUAAACGCUCUGGAGGUGUGCACAAACCGGAGCAUAGGCUGAUUCUGUUAAUCUUCCCUGGUAUUCUGAUGGUCGCUUCUCUUCUACUAUAUGGAUUCACCGCUGGUGGAGGCUCCACAUGGGGCGGACCAUUCAUGGGUUGGACCAUAAUUCAAGUCGCAUUUGUGUCGGUUCUCAUUCUGUCAACAUCAUUCGCCGCUGAGGCCUGGGAGAAGAAUCCUGGACCUGCCCUUGUGACUGUUGUUGGCACGAAAAAUAUCAUCUCGUUUGGUGUCAGCUAUGGUCUCAGUCCAAUGGUUGAGAAGUACAGUUAUCCCACCGCAGUGGGGAUUCUUACUGGCGUCACUGUAGGAAUUUUCCUACUUGGUAUCCCAGUAUACUUUUUCAAUCCUGCUUGGCGACACUAUAUGAAGAAGCGGGAGGCCCGAAAUCAAACACUGUAA